UUAUUAACUAGGACGUUCUAGAUCCUGACCUGGAAAGUGAAAGUAUCAAAUUUUAUACUGUUAUACUAUAUACUGUAGUGAUGGAGUGAAGUUGAAAUGUUAAAGAUAUUGACACUUUUAGCUUGAACCUCUGAUGCAUUCUUUGGAAUGAACAGUAAAAAGAUUAUAGAAAGGAAUAGUGCCAGUGGUUCGUCAGACGUGUAGUUCAAACGGUGGAAGGAUGCCGUCAGUGCAGCCUAAGAAGUUGAAAGGUCGCAUGUUCUCGGUGCAGGCAGCACUGCCAAAAUAUCCAGUAGCACCAUUAGAGCAGACAAUGAAGAAAUAUCUCAAAUCUUUGGAACCAUUGCUUUCUGAAGAGGAAUAUAGGCAUACAGAAAAGCUUUGCAAAGAAUUUCAAAAUGGAGUGGGGAAGACACUGCAGAACAAGCUUCUUGAAAGGGCAGAAAAACGUGAUAACUGGUUGUCUGACUGGUGGAGGAGUGUAGCAUAUUUAGGUUUCCGAGAGCCUGUUGUGAUCAAUUCCAAUCCAGGUGUGCUAUUUCCUAAAGCUGACUAUAAUGAUAUCCAAGGACAGUUGACGUAUGCAUCAAGAUUGAUAGCAGGUCUUCUGGAUUAUAAAGUGAUGAUUGAUGAACAGACACUACCAGUGGAGCACCUUGGGAAGAAUCCUCUAUGUAUGAUGCAGUAUUUCCAGGUCCUUGCAGCAUGUAGAAUACCACUAGAGAAACACGAUGAUUGGACGUGUUACCCGCCAGACAGACCUGGAGCACCCAAACAUAUCACUGUCAUAUAUAACAAUAAUAUAUUUGAGGUGCCAGUAUAUGGUGGCGACAGCAAACCACUUACAACUUCACAGGUUAGAGACCAGCUGUCAGAGGUUGUAAAACAAGGAGCAACAGCAGGGGAACCAAUAGGGCUCUUCACAAUGGAACACAGAGAUAACUGGGCAAAUGUAUAUAAGAAAAUGAUUCAAGAUAAGACCACUAAGGCAGCCCUAGAAUCUGUUCAACGCAGUAUCAUAGUGCUAUGUCUAGACAAGUCAAACAACACAAUGACAGAUGCACGAACAGUCAGCGGACAUCAGAUGUUACAUGGCAGAGGCUCCUCUUAUCAUACUGGGAACAGAUGGUUUGAUAAAACUAUACAGUUUAUAGUAGGAGAGGAUGGUUACAGUGGAUUGAACUACGAACAUACAACAGCAGAGGGACCACCUAUAAUACAUCUCAUGGAUCAUUGUAUGAAAUAUAUAUCUAGUGGAAAGGAUUGGAGUCCAGCGACUGAUGUGAAACCACCUACAAAAUUACAGUUUAACCUUACACAAGAUGUCAGUGAUAGUCUCAUACAUGCCAAGGAAAAUGCAGACAGGAUGGUGAGUGACCUUGACCUGAAGGUAUUUGUAUUUGAUGAGUUUGGUAAAAACUUUCCCAAGUCACAGAAGGUCAGCCCAGACAGCUUCAUACAGAAUGCUCUACAACUAGCUUACUACAGACACCAUAAGAAGACCUGUGGGUCCUAUGAAUCUGCUUCUAUCAGAAUGUUCCAGCUUGGACGGACAGAAACAAUACGUUCGUGUUCGACGGAGUCACUGGAGUUCACCAGAGCUAUGAUGGACAGUAAUGUUAGCAAGCAGAGAAAGGCAGAACUACUGAGACGUGCGAUAGACAGUCAUAAACAAUACACUAAUGAUGCUAUCUCUGGGAAAGGCAUUGACAGACAUUUGUUAGGUCUCAAGUUGACAGCUGCUGAAAACAAUAUGGAGAUACCUGAGUUGUUUAAAGAUCCAGCAUACACUUUCAGUGGUUCAUGGAGGAUUUCAACUAGUCAGGUACCAGCCAAGUCAGAGUCUGUUCUAUUCUUCGGGCCUGUGGUACCAGACGGGUAUGGAUUCUGUUAUAAUCCUCAGGAGAAGUGUAUACUGUUUGGAGUAUCUUCCUACAAGAGUAACAGUGUCACCCUGCCAGCAGCCAAGAUGGCUGAACUAAUACAAGACAGUCUUAGAGAUAUGAGAGAUGUGUUGGCAGCCACAAUGAAAGCUAAUCUGUGAUACUUGUUUAGAUUUAAUAUAUAAAAUAAAAUGCAAAGCGUUUUAUUCACAUUUGUUCAUUAGAGCAUGUAGGCUUUGUAUCCAUCUGUCUAUACAUGAGCAUUCCUGAUUAGAAUAAUUUGCUGUAAAAUAUUGCUUUUUUUAUUACAAUUUUUUUAUAUUUAUUUACAGUCAUACAUGCCACCACCUGUAUUAAGCGAUCUUCUUGCUAGAUAAAUACAUCACAUUUUUUCAUUAAACGACCUGUGUCUACUUGAAACGGUCCCAGCGGAUAAGAUUAUCUGCAAAAGUCUAAAAUCUAUUAAACGGUCAUAUAAAAAACAUUUUCACCUGUCUCAUUAGUGGAUAUGUUUGCACUUGUAUAUAUUAAACCUUUGUAAUAGUCAAGUAAGGGAACUUGGAGAAGUAUUCACCAUAGUAAAUCAAAGUUUGAGCAAUAGGUAUAAUUUUAUGCACAUCGUAUUUCAGCAGUUCAGCAUAUUACUUGUCAUUCAAAAUUUACUAGAAUCUAUUAAGAGACUACUUUCUGGCCUCUCAAUACAAUGUCUACUGUAUUGUCCUAACUCAUGAAUGGUGUAACCUCCAGUGAUGAGCAAUCCUCACUUUUGGCUUUAUCAGACAGAAAUAAAAUGGAAAUGAAAACAACUAGAUGUGUUGAGCAAUUUUCCAGGUUAUGCAUAAGUAUGGUUUAAUGUUUUUAGCUCACCUGUCACAAAGUGACAAGGUGAGCUUUUGUGAUCACGCGGUGUCCGUCGUCCGUCGUCCGUCCGUGCGUACGUGCGUCCGUAAACUUUUGCUUGUGACCACUCUAGAGGUCACAUUUUUCAUGGGAUCUUUAUGAAAGUUGGUCAGAAUGUUCAUCUUGAUGGUAUCUAGGUCAAGUUCGAAACUGGGUCACGUGCCAUCAAAAACUAGGUCAGUAGGUCUAAAAAUAGAAAAACCUUGUGACCUCUCUAGAGGCCAUAUAUUUCAUAAGAUCUUCAUGAAAAUUGGUCAGAAUGUUCACCUUGAUGAUAUCUAGGUCAAGUUCGAAACUGGGUCACGUGGGUUCAAAAACUAGGUCAGUAGGUCUAAAAAUAGAAAAACCUUGUGACCUCUCUAGAGGCCAUAUUUUUCAUGAGAUCUUCAUGAAUAUUGGUCAGUGUGUUUACCUUGAUGAUAUCUAGGUCAAGUUUGAAACUUGGUCACGUAGGUUCAAAAACUAGGUCAUUAGGUCUAAAAAUAGAAAAACCUUGUGACCUCUCUAGAGGCCAUAUUUCUCAAUGGAUCUUCAUGAAAAUUGGCCAGAAUGUUCAUCUUGAUGAUAUCUAGGUCAAAUUCGAAACUGGGUCACGUGGGGUUAAAAACUAGGUCAGUAGAUCUAAAAACAGAAAAACCUUGUGACCUCUCUAGAGGCCAUAUUUUUCAUGAGAUCUUCAUGAAUAUUGGUCAGAGUGUUCACCUUGAUGAUAUCUAGGUCAAGUUCGAAACUGGGUCAUGUGGGGUCAAAAACUAGGUCAGUAGAUCUAAAAAUAGAAAAACCUUGUGACCUCUCUAGAGGCCAUAUUUCUCAAUGGAUCUUCAUGAAAAUUUGUCAGAAUGUUCACCUUGAUGAUCUCUAGGUCAAGUUCAAAACUGGGUCACGUGCGGUCAAAAACUAGGUCAGUAGGUCUAAAAAUAGGAAAACCUUGUGACCUCUCUAGAGGCGAUAUUUUUCAAUGGAUCUUCAUGAAAAUUGGUCAGAGUGUUUACCUUAAAAAUCUAGGUCAAGUUCGAAACUGGGUCACGUGGGGUUAACUAGGUCAGUAGAUCUAAAAAUAGAAAAACCUUGUGACCUCUCUAGAGGCCAUAUUCAUGAAAAUUGGUCAGAAUGUUCACCUUGAUGAUAUCUAAGUCAAGUUUGAAACUGGGUCACGUGGGGUCAAAAACUAGGUCAGUAGGUCUAAAAAUAGAAAAAACCUUGUGACCUCUCUAGAGGCCAUAUUUCUCAACAGAUCUUCAUGAAAAUUGGUGAGAAUGUUCAGCUUGAUGAUAUCUAGGUCAGAUUCCUAACUGGGUCAUGUGCGGUCAAAACCUAGGUCAGUAGGUCGAAAAAUAGAAAAACCUUGUGACCUCUCUAGAGGCCAUAUUUUUCAUGAGAUCUUCAUGAAGAUUGGUGAGAAUGUUCACCUUGAUGAUAUCUAGGUCAAGUUUAAAAGUGGGUCACGUGCCUUCAAAAACUAGGUCAUUAGGUCAAAUAAUAGAAAAACGUUGUGACCUCUCUAGAGGCCAUAUUUUUCAAUGGAUCUUCAUGAAAAUUGGUCAGAAUUUUUUAUCUUGAUGAUAUCUAGGUCACAUUUGCUCAAAAACUAGGUCACUAUGUCAAAUAAUAGAAAUAACGAUGUCAUACUCAGUUCAACACUGGGUCAUGUGGGGAUAGGUGAGCGAUUCAGGACCAUCAUGGUCCUCUUGUUAUCUAUUGCUAAAAUGUAAAAAAAUAUAUAUUGUCAAACCAAAAUACAGAUUUAAUAAUUGAAUGUCAUAUGGUGAUAUCCAUUUUCCAUAGGAGUUUGUUGAAGAUGUCAAGGUUAGGUAGUUAGGCAGUUAUAAAAUGUGCAUUUAGGUUGUGUUAAUUUAAUUGCUCAAAUAUAUUUAAGAUAGAUGUAGACAUUGUGAUUGUAGGGAUUUAAUUUUAUUUCCAUUUUCAUCAAUUAUCAUGGAAAAAAGAUAUCUGUAAAUAUUGUUUCCAACUCCAUAUUAAGCACUAUACCGUUUAUAUUAUGUAAACUUGAUAAUUGAGCCAUGCCAUGAGAAAACCAACAUAGUGGGUUUGCGACCAGCAUGGAUCUAGACCAGCCUGCGCAGUCUGGUCAGGAUCCAUGCCGUUCGCUUUUAAAGCCUACUGCAAUUAGAGAAACCUUUAGGGGACAGCAUGGAUCCUGACCAGACUGCACGGAUGUGCAGGCUGGUUUGGAUCCAUGCUGCUCGCAAACCCACUCUGUUGAUUUUAUCAUGGCGCGGCUCAAAUUUACUUGUGUUGUAUUUCGAGUACUGUAAGUACAUGAUAAGUUUGUUUAGUUUGUUUCAUCAUUCCGGUCUGCUUUGUGUGGAAAAUAUAUGUGCAUCUCAAGUUGAUUCAUAGUGACCAGAGUUGCAGAUAAUUGAUUAGGCCUAAAAAAAAAAAAUCUCCAUUUCUGGUAACAUGCUAAAAAAAAUUAGGGUAGGUAGGUAGGAUUUUUUUUUUUUUUUUUGAUUUUUUUAGCUCACAUGUCACAAAGUGACAGUGUGAGCUUUUGUGAUCGCGCAGCGUCUGUCGUCCGUCGUGCGUGCGUGCGUGCGUCCGUGCGUAAACUUUUGCUUGUGACCUCUCUAGAGGUCACAUUUUUCAUGGGAUCUUUAUGAAAGUUGGUCAGAAUGUUCAUCUUGAUGAUAUCUAGGUCAAGUUCGAAACUGGGUCACGUGCCUUAAAAAACUAGGUCAGUAGGUCUAAAAAUAGGAAAACCUUGUGACCUCUCUAGAGGCCAUAUUUUUCACAAGAUCUUCAUGAAAAUUGGUCAGAAUGUUCACCUUGAUGAUAUCUAGGUCAAGUUCGAAACUGGGUCAUGUACCUUCAAAAACUAGGUCAGUAGGUCAAAUAAUAGGAAAACCUUGUGACCUCUCUAGAGGCCAUAUUUUUCAUGGGAUCUGUAUGAAAGUUGGUCUGAGUGUUCAUCUUGAUGAUAUCUAGGUCAAGUUCGAAACUGGGUCAGCUGCGGUCAAAAACUAGGUCAUUAGGUCUAAAAAUAGAAAAACCUUGUGACCUCUCUGGAGGUCAUACUUUUGAAUGGAUCUUCAUGAAGUUUGGUCAGAAUGUUCACCUUGAUGAUAUCUAAGUCAGGUUCGAAACUGGGUCACGUGCCAUCAAUAACUAGGUCAGUAGGUCAAAUAAUAAAAAAACCUUGUGACCUCUCUAGAGGCCAUAUUUUUCAUGGGAUCUGUAUGAAGAUUGGUCUGAAUGUUCACCUCGAUGAUAUCUAGACCAAGUUUGAAACUGAGUCAACUGUGGUUAAAAACUAGGUCAGUAGGUCUAAAAAUAGAAAAACCUUGUGACCUCUCUAGAGGCCAUAUUUUUCACAAGAUCUUCAUGAAAGUUGGUCUGAAUGUUCACCUUGAUGAUAUCUCAACUGGGUCAUGUGCCUUCAAAAACUAGGUCAGUAGGUCAAAUAAUAGAAAAACCUUGUGACCUUUCUAGAGGCCAUAUUUUUCAUGGGAUCUGUAUGAAAAUUGGUCUGAAUGUUCAUCUUGAUGAUAUCUAGGUCAAGUUUGAAACUGGGUCAGCUGCGGUCAAAAACUAGGUCAUUAGGUCUAAAAAUAGAAAAAACUUGUGACCUGUCUAGAGGCCAUACUUUUGAAUGGAUCUUCAUGAAAAUUGGUCAGAAUGUUCAUCUUGAUGAUAUCUAGGUCAAGUUUGAAACUGGGUCACAUGCCAUCAGUAACUAGGUCAGUAGGUCAAAUAAUGAAAAAACGUUGUGACCUCUCUGGAGGCCAUAUUUUUCAUGGGAUCUGUAUGAAGGUUGGUCUGAAUGUUCAUCUUUAUGAUAUCUAGGUCAGGUUCAAAACUGGGUCACAUGAGCUCAAAAACUAGGUCACUAUGUCAAAAAAUAGAAAAAAAACGACGUCAUACUCAGUUCAAAACUGGGUCAUGUUGGGACAGGUGAGCGAUUCAGGACCAUCAUGGUCCUCUUGUUUUAUUAAGGGAGACUUUUCAGAAAAUAUUUUGUGUCAAAAAAUGAAUACAAACAAGGGGGUAAUGCCUUUAGAGCCUUCAGUAAGUUGAUUUUUAACAUCACUGAGCAUGUUUAAAGCAUAAAAAGUGCAGUUUUGCAAUUUUUUGUUAAAAAGUUGAAAAAAAAAAUUCUCCAAGGCCAUAAAAACAUUUAGGGUCGGGCCAAAAAUUUAGGGAAGGUCAGGAUUCCGGAACAAUUUUUCUUUUACGCCUUACUCUUCCAGAAGACUUUUUGUCAGACGCAGUACCUCACUUUAAAGUCACAAAUGACUGUUAGUGAAUUAGUUUUAGGAGGGGCGAUUAAACUCAUGAUCCCUAGUUUUGUAGUUCAGAAUUUUAGCACAGAACCAAUGGCUCUGCAUAAUUUUGAAAAAAGUUUGACAAUUUUUAUAAAUUAUAUACAACAACAAUGAUCUAGAACCAGACUGUUUGAUAAAAUUAAUAUGGAUGAGGACUGAUAUUAAGACUUAUUGCCUGUAACUACUGUAGCCAGGCACUGUGUGAAUGAAAUGUAUAAGAAUCAUGUCUACAUAAAUUAUAUCGCCACAUUUAUAUAUUAAUAAUGGAACUGUGCCAUUUGAAUAUAAUUGCAAUUUGUAUAUUUGUUAACACUUCUGUUUAACUAGAUUUAAUGCUGGUGCUAAAGUUGUAACAUUAAACUGUGAAUUUACAUGUGAUUGUAAUACAGUAUGGUUGUAACUUGUGUAAACCUUUAUUAUUCUGACAUAUUGUCAGGUGAGCUAGAAUAAUUUGUGACUUUUGUGUUUUCGUACUUAUAUGGAAGCCCGAAGAUUUUAUUUGAUAUAAUUAACAAAGCUUGCUUUAUCAUUAAGAUUCACUUGUGGAUUAGUUUGAUGAUGAAUUCAGCAAACUUUUUCUGUGAGAUGGUAAUGAGGUAGCAUACACUUUAGAGACACAUGAAUACACCAGAUCUUUGAUGGAAUUUAGAAGUGUGUUAUGAAUUUCUUGCUGUCUCUUCACAAUGCCAUUACAGAAUUGACUUAAACAUUUUUCACCAUUUCAAGAUGGUUUCUUAUACCAUGUGAUUGAUUAUUGACAGAUUUCUAUUAUUAUGAAAUAUUAAAGUAAUAUUAAGUUAUAUUU